AUGUCCUCGACAUUUAUCAUGUCUAAAUCAUUAUGCAACACACCUGCCCCUGGGCAAGAGAUGGCCCAAUUCACCCAGAGGAACAUAAUGGGUACUCUGUUUGAGACAACAGAAAGAUAUCAACAUCUGGAGCCUGUCGGAAUGGGUAUCUCUGGACUUGUCUGCUCCGCAAGAGACCAGAUUAAACACCAGACCGUCGCUGUAAAGAAGCUCUGCGAGCCAUUCAAGACAGACAACAUUGCAAAACAUAUGUUCCGCGAGGUCAAACUAUUGAAACAACUCCAGCAUGAUAACAUCAUUCACUUAAACGACAUUUUUAUUUCUCCAUCUGAAGAAAUUUAUCUCGUCACCGAUCUCAUGGCGACAGAUCUGCACACUCUCUUGAAAACGAAAAAGGUUGGCAAUCAAUUUACGCAAUACUUUUUAUAUCAAAUCAUGCGAGGCCUCAAAUAUGUACAUUCCGCCGGUGUAGUCCACCGCGAUCUCAAACCAAGCAACAUCCUAGUCAACGAAAAUUGCGAUCUAAAAAUCUGUGACUUUGGCUUAGCCCGCGUGCAAGAAUUACAGAUGACAGGUUACGUCUCAACUAGAUACUACCGAGCACCAGAGAUCAUGCUCACGUGGAGACGAUACAACGAGAAAGUGGAUAUCUGGAGUGCUGGGUGUAUCUUUGCCGAAAUGAUGAUGGGUCGACCGCUCUUCUUGGGGAAAAACCAUAUCGAUCAGUUCUGUGUUAUUACGCAGCUUCUGGGAAAUCCACCAGAUAACGUCGUUGCAAACGUGACGAGUCAAAAUACUUUGAAUUUUAUCAGGUCCCUUCCGAAGCGGUCUCGGAAAUCGUUGGCUACGCUUAUCCCUACCGCGAGUAGAAAAGCCAUCAGCCUGUUGGAUAAACUACUCCAAUUCGAUCCAGAGAAACGCUGUUCCGCGGUCGACGCUUUGGAAUCCCCAUAUCUUGCUCCAUACCAUGACCCGGAUGACGAACCCGAGGCUCCACAAUCAUUUGACUGGUCAUUCCUUGAAGCAGAUCUUCCAGCCGAUGUAUGGAAGACUAUUAUGUACGCAGAGGUUUUGGGGUACCAUGAGCAGGCAGGGGGGCCCUUCCAGUUGACUGGAGAAUUUGAUGGCAUGGACCUAGGUUGA